AUGGUGCUCUACUAUAAGUGUGAGCUUGUUUCGCCUCCCUAUCUCAUAUACAUGGGUGCAGAUAAGCACGAAAAUGACAAAUUAAUUCGAUGGGGAUGGCCGGAAGAUGUGUGGUUCCAUGUCGAUAAAAUGUCUUCUGCCCAUGUGUACCUUCGUCUCAGGGAAGGAGAAACGUUGGAUGAUAUACCCGAGACAGUUAUUCAGGACUGUGCUCAACUGUGCAAACAAAACAGCAUCAUGGGCUGCAAGCAGAACGAUGUAACAGUGGUGUACACCAUGUGGGAGAACCUCAAGAAGACCCCGGAUAUGGAGGUGGGUCAAGUGAGUUUCCACAACGGGCGGAACGUGCGUCGCACGGUAGUAGCGAAACGCGUGGGAGAGGUGCUCCACCGAUUGGAGCGCACUCAAACGAUUGUGGAGUCUCCUGACCUGCAGGCAGAGCGAGAGGCGCGCGAUGAACGCUUGCGCCAACGCGCCCGUGCCGCUCAGCGCUCUCGAGAGCAAGCGGAGCGCGAAGUGGAGCGACAGCGCCAGUUGGAGGCUGAGCGGCGCUCCUAUGAUCGCAUCUUUGCUCCCGAGAACAUGCGCUCCAAUGAGGAUGGCUAUGACUCUGAUGACUUCAUGUAA